UUUAAUAAAUAGUGGGUAGGUUGGUAGGUGUUCCGCCACAUGUGACGUCAUCGUAACCACCCAGGGGUAGUGGUAGUAGGGGGCGGAGCUACUGACGUCACUGUAGCAGGUUAACAUCGCUGCUCUGUUAAAAAACAGAAGCAAAGAAGCCACAACAGUUUGACAUGAAACAAAACCGCAUUUCUGACCAUAUUCUCCGGGUGGGAAUCAAAAUAGAAACGGUUACAGAGCAGCCCAGCCACGUGGUGUACAGGUGGUUAGUAGUCAGCCAUGGAUACCACCACCUCCAUGAAGAUGACCUCGAUGGCCAUCCAGAGUCUGUUCAGCUACGUGGAGGAGGAGAACCUGGCUGCCAUCAAAGCACAUUUGGACAAGUUCAAAGACGUGGACAGCAGGAGCGAUAAUGGACAGACUCCCCUGAUGGUGGCAGCAGAGCAGGGCAAUCUGGAGAUAGCACAAGAGCUCAUUAGCAGAGGAGCCAACGUUAACUUGGAUGAUAUUGACUGCUGGACAGCGUUGAUCUCGGCGGCUAAGGAGGGCCACAUUGAGGUGGUGAGGGAGCUGCUGGAGAACAAAGCCAACCUGGAGCAUCGAGACAUGGGAGGCUGGACCGCUCUCAUGUGGGGCGCCUAUAAAGGUCGUACAGAUGUGAUCCAGCUGCUCUUGGAAAAAGGAGCUAACCCCAACAUCACUGGUCAGUACAGCGUCUACCCCAUUAUCUGGGCGGCAGGUCGAGGCCACGCAGAGAUUGUCCAUCUCCUGCUGCAGCACGAAGCCAAGGUCAACUGCUCCGACAAGUAUGGUACCACUCCUUUGAUCUGGGCUGCCAGGAGGGGCCACUAUGACAGUGUGAUGCACCUUCUGGCCAACGGAGCUGAUGUAGACCAAGAAGGAGCGAACUCAAUGACGGCUCUGAUUGUGGGAGUGAAAGGUGGCUACACAGAGGUUGUAAAGGAGCUGCUGAAGUGUAACCCAAAUGUCAACAUGACGGACAAAGAUGGCAACACGGCCCUGGCCAUUGCCGCCAAGGAGGGUCACACCGAGAUCGUACAGGACCUGCUGGAUGCCGGCACCUAUGUCAAUAUCCUAGACAGGAGUGGGGAGACGAUGCUGAUUGGUGCUGUGAGAGGAGGUCAUGUGGAGAUAGUCCGAGCUCUGCUGAACAAAUAUGCUGAUAUUGACGUCAGGGGCCUGGAUGGAAAGACUGCCCUCUACUGGGCAGUGGAGAAAGGCAACGCUAUCAUGGUGAGAGACAUCCUGCAGUGUAACCCUGACACCGAGAGCUGCACUAAGGAUGGAGAGACCCCACUCAUCAAAGCCACAAAAAUGAGGAACAUAGAGAUAGUGGAACUCCUGCUGGAUAAAGGAGCCAAGGUGUCUGCAGUGGAAAAGAAAGGUGACACGCCCCUCCACAUCGCCAUCCGAGGACGAAGCCGAAAGUUGGCUGAGCUCCUGCUGAGGAACCCUAAAGAUGGCCGCCUGCUUUACCGCCCCAACAAAGCUGGAGAGACGCCAUACAACAUCGACUGUACCCACCAGAAAAGCAUCCUCACACAGAUAUUUGGAGCCAAGCACCUCUCCCCCUCUGAGUCAGAUGGAGACAUGUUGGGUUAUGACCUGUAUAGCAGUGCUCUAGCAGACAUCCUCAGUGAGCCCACCAUGCAGCCACCUAUCUGUGUUGGACUCUACGCUCAGUGGGGCAGCGGCAAGUCUUUCCUUCUAAAGAAACUGGAGGAUGAGAUGAAGACCUUUGCAGGCCAGCAGAUAGAGCCUUUGUUCGAGUUCUCUUGGCUGGUGGUCUUUCUCACCCUGCUCCUCUGCGGCUCAGUGGCCGUCGUUCUGGGCUUUACUGUUGAUCCCAAGCUGGCGAUUGCCGUCUCCCUCAGCCUCCUCGCUCUGCUCUACAUCUUUUUCGUGUUGGUGUACUUCGGAAGUCGGCGUGAAAGGGAGAGCUGGCACUGGGCGUGGGUCAUCAGCACCCGCCUGGCUCGCCAGGUCGGUUACCUGGAGCUGCUGCUCAAACUGAUGUUCGUCAACCCCCCUGAACUUCCUGAGCAGACCACCCGCGCACUGCCAGUCAGGUUCCUGUUCACAGACUAUAAUCGUCUGUCCAGUGUUGGAGGGGAGACCUCCAUGGCUGAGAUGAUCGCCACGCUUUCUGAUGCCUGUGAGAGGGAGUUUGGCUUCAUGGCCUCCAGGCUCUUCAGGGUUUUCAAGAAAGAUGAGAUCCAAGGUAAAAAGUGGAAGAAAACAUGUUGUGUUCCCUCCUUCGUGCUGUUUGCCGUGACACUGGGAUGCCUGAUCACUGGCACGGCCCUGUUGGCCAUCUUUAAGGUGGACCCUGAUAACUUGACAGUAAAUGCCGUGCUGAUAGGCAUGGCCAGUGUGGUGGGCCUGGCCUUGCUGCUCAACUGCAGGACCUGGUGGCAGGUGGCCGACUCCGUCCUCUACUCGCAGAGGAAACGGCUGCACAGCGCUGCUAACAACUUGCACAAGCUCAAGAGUGAAGGAUUUAUGAAGGUUCUGAAGCAUGAAGUGGAGCUAAUGUCAAAAAUGGCCAAAACCAUUGAUGGCUUCACCCAGAACCAGACACGCAUGGCCGUCAUCAUCGACGGACUGGACGCCUGCGAGCAGGACAAAGUUCUGCAGAUGCUGGACACGGUGAGGGUGCUCUUCUCCAAAGGUCCUUUUAUUUCCAUCUUUGCCAGUGACCCCCAUAUCAUCAUCAAAGCUAUCAACCAAAACCUCAACAGUGUGCUGAGAGACUCCAACAUCAACGGACACGACUACAUGAGGAACAUCGUCCACCUGCCAGUAUUCCUCAACAGCAGAGGCCUCAGCGCGGCCAAAAAACUCUGCAUGGCGACCCCCGUCAAUGGAGAGCCAUCGCCUGCUGAGGGAUGGAAUGACGACAUGGACAGGAGGAUGUCUCAGAGCAGCCUGAGCCAAGACCAGGCCAAGUUUGGCAGCAAGAAUGCCCUAAACCGCAGGGACACAUACCGGCGUCGGCAGAUGCAGAGGACCGUCACCAGACAGAUGUCCUUCGACCUGACCAAGCUGCUGGUCACCGAGGACUGGUUCAGUGACAUCAGCCCACAGACCAUGAGGAGGCUGCUCAACAUCGUUUCUAUCACAGGUCGUCUGCUGCGGGCCAAUCAGAUCGUCUUCAACUGGGAUCGGCUGGCGUCGUGGAUCAACCUGACAGAGGAGUGGCCUUACAGGACGUCGUGGAUCAUCCUGUUUUUGGAGGAGGCAGACGGAGUGUCUGACCAUAUCUCUCUCAAGACAAUCUAUGAGAGAAUCUCCAAAAACAUCCCCACCACGAAGGACGUGGAACCGCUGCUGGAGAUCGAUGGAGAUAUCCGCAGCUUUGAGGUCUUCCUGUCGUCCAGGACGCCCGUCCUCGCUGCCAGAGACGUGGAGAUGUUCCUGCCCUGCACCGUCAACCUGGACCCCAAACUCAGGGAGAUCAUAGCAGAUGUGCGAGCGGCCAGGGAGCAGAUGAACAUGGGAGGAGUGACCUAUCCCACGCUGCCCAUGCAAGAAGCAGUACCCCGUCCUCAGUCAGGUUAUGGCCAGCACACAGGCGGCUGCUCCCCAGCGGGCUCCUUCGCCGGAUCCAUGCCUCCUCAGCCUCAUAGCGCCUACUUCAGUGGGAUGACAGGCCCUCAGCACCCCUUCUACAACCGGCCUUAUUUCCCCCAUCAUGUGUAUCACCUGCCACGGCCUUACACCCACCAUGUCCCCUCAUCCUCGCGCCCCUCCACUAAACCACCCGGUCAACAUAAGGACAACUCCAAUGGACUUGAUGUUAUUGCAGAGGAUGCCAGAGAAGGCCUCCCCUCCUGUCCCUCUGAACCUACCAUGCAUUUAAAGUCGCUGCCUUACAAAUUAAAGCAGGUCUCUCCUGCGGUCCUGCUCAGCUCUAUGAACACAGAUGCAGUGUGUGAGCGUGUCAGACAGAUAGAGGGAAUCGACCCCAGCAUGCUGCAUCAGUACUCCUCCACCAUCAAGAAGGCUAAUAUAAAUGGCCGAGUGCUGACUCAGUGCAACCUGGACGAGCUGAAGAAAGAGAUGGAGAUGAACUUCGGCGACUGGCAGCUCUUCAGGGGAACGGUGAUGGAGCAACGUCACGCCGAAAGCCAGGCUCUGCUUCAAGACGAGUCCCGAGCCGCUAGCGAGCAGGGCAGCAGCGUGCACCACGGGGAGCCCAGCAGACGCUCGGGGGGGGCCCAGCAUGAAGCGGCGGCAUUCAGCCUGAACCUCAGCUUCGAGGAGCUCAGCGGAGCGGGGCUUGAGGAACCUCAGAGACACAGCAACACUUCGCACUGGCCGGUGGCGAAUCUCCGCACCUCAAGCAUGUCCAGCCUCAACUCUCAGGAAUCCUCUAAUGACAUCUGCAAGCUGACAGACAAGCAGCAGUCUGAGUACCACGAUGCCUACAGGGAGUACAUCUCUCAGAUGGCCCAGGUGGAGAUGUCCGGCAGUGGGGGGGAGAGGCCCGUGCAGCCCCACCCUGGACAGUUCCUCCAGGCUGCCAGCUCAGAGGACAAAGGGGCCAAGGAAGGAGCCGACCAAGACAGCCGCAAGCCCUUCACCAAGAGAGGCUCCAAGCCUAGCGAUGCCACAGACUUCCCCUCGGGGGCCGAUGCCCAGCCUCUAGACCCCAUCAGUGAAGAGGAUGAGAAGCUGGACCACAGCACAUCAUCAAGAACUCCGGGCACCAGGAAGAAAGGAGCCGGGUCGCUGUACCACAAGCUGCCCAGCGACGAAGAGGAAGCGGACAACGCCACGCCUCUCCUCCACAGAGAGGCGCGAGCAGGUGCUCUGUCCACCGGGCUGCCGACCAGGCCUGGCUUCCUCACCGAAAUCCUCCUGGAUAAGAAGGACUCGUCCGACUCGGGGAUGCGCUCCAGCGACAGCUCCUCAGAUCGCUCUCUGGAGGAGGCUGAUGGAGACGGCGACAGAGAGAAGACCAGCCUGAUUGAGCUGGAGCUGGAGGGCCUGGUGAAGAAGAGAGGCCUCCUCCCCAGCAGCCUGAGCGGCCUGCAGGACACGGCGGUGGCCCGCAUGUCUAUCUGCUCCGAGGCUCCGUCCGAGGCCAGCCUAAUGGCCAGCAGCCCAGAUGAGGGGUGGCCGUCCGGCAACCUCAACUGCACCACCAGCAACAGCACCCUCAACAACAACUCAAACAGCCCCGACGACACCACCAACACCAACAACAGCCAUCAUCAGCCGGCUAACAUCACAGGCACGGAGUCCACCAGCACCUCCUCCUCCUCCUCCUCCAGCUUCGACGUCUCGCCAGCUGUCAUCAUCACCCCCGGCAGCAGCAACAGCACCGCCAACACCACGACCGCAGCCAUCCACAACCAGAACCUGCGCACCAUCAGCUUGGGAGACGAGACGGAGAGCGUCCUCUGAGAAGCCGGUCGUUAUUUUUUCUGACGAGGGUCACGUAGACUGUUGUUCUCGAUGUUGUGACAUUAUUAUUAUUAUUAUAAUGUUGGUGUUGUGACGUGUUCCAAAGAAUUAGAUGUGUUCUACUGUUAGGAAGGAAAUGUAGGAAGUGUUGCUGUGAAUCAAGAGUAGUUCAUUCAAAAGCUUUGAUUAGUUGGUUAGUAAAAAAAAAAAAAAAAAUCAUCUUUAUUUAAACAAUUACAAAUCAAAAAUUGGAAGUGAAUGAUACCAAAAAUGCUUCAACCAGGUCAAAUUGGGAUUGCCCAAUUGAGUCUCAUGCAUUUGGAUUAUUUAAGUGUGAUUUCUUUCUCGUGUGAAUGUGUUGCUGUUAUUCGAAAUAGUGAUGAAAUGUUAGUUACAUGUUGUGGAAGUCAAAUGUUACAGAAAAAAGAUUUUUUCAAGAAAUGUAAACUGGAAAAAGCUCUGUGUUACUGAGGACUCAGUUUGGUAGUUAAAAGUAUUUAAAAUAGAUGGCAGCGUAGACGCUGGUAGUGCAGUGUGUUGUUGGUGGUUUCUAUGAUAGAAGAAGUGCAUGCACUCGUCUCCAAAGUGGUGAUUGUCUUUUUCCAAAACUCCCUUGUGAAAUUCUGUGAAUCAAUAAACAUGUUUGCUAUGUGGACCCUUGAAA